AUGGCUGCUAAGCUUCACAGCGCCCCUCCAUUCCGUGCUGAGCACAUGGGCUCCUUGUUGCGCCCUGAGAACCUUCUCGAAAUCCGUGCUAACAUUCGUGACACCGGUAUCUCUGAGGAGGCCGCUGGUCUUCCCGCUGCUGAGAAGGUUGCCAUUGCCGAUGUUGUUAAGAAGCAGCAGGAGCUUGGUCUGAAGGCCGUUACCUCUGGAGAAUUUAACCGCACUCGUUUCUGGGGUCUGAUGUGGGAUGAGUUUGAAGGCACUAUCCGUCUGCAAGAUGCUGAUGCCUCAAUGUUCCGCCUGUAUCACCCUGACGUUGUGAGCUUGAUCGAGAAGGACCGUAAGGUCAUGCCCGGCGACUCAGUCAUUGCUGGAUCCAAGCUCACCUGGAGCCCUGAGAAGUCACUGUCAAACCUGCACGAGCUGGAGUUGGUCCAGGAGGCCCUCCCCGAGAGCGAGUGGGGCAACAUCAAGCUCACAAUGAUCACACCGGCUUGGUUCCACAUGCGCUACAAGCAGGGCAAGGCCUAUACUCCUGAAGCUUACGCCAAUGAUGCCGAGUACUUCCAGGGUGUUGCUGAAGUAUACCGUGCUGAGCUGGCUGCAUUGUACAAGGCCGGUCUGCGCAAUGUGCAGUUCGAUGACCCCGGUAUGGCGUACUUCUGUUCCAAGGCAUUCCGUCAAGGAUGGGAGGAGGAUAAGGACAACAGCGGCACUGUCGAGGAUUUGCUGGACGCCUAUAUUCAACUCUACAACGACUGCAUCAGCGAGGUUCCUGCCGAUAUGCACACCGGAAUUCACCUGUGCCGUGGCAACUUCAUCGGUGGCCGUCACUUCGCUGAGGGCUCAUACGAUAUCAUUGCCAAGAAGCUCUUCGAGAACCUCAACGUCAACACCUUCUAUCUCGAGUACGACACUGAGCGAUCUGGUGGCUUUGAGCCCCUGAAGUUCCUUCCCAAGAACAAGAACGUUGUUAUUGGUGUUAUUAGCACCAAGCUCCGCGAGCUGGAGGAUAAGGAGGCCAUGAAGGAGCGAGUCUACAAGGCUGCUGACUUUGUCGCUGCUGGUAGCGGUCAGACCCGCGAGGAAGCCCUUGACCGUGUCUGCUUGAGCCCCCAGUGUGGUUUCAGCACUCACGAGACUGGAUACCCCCUCUCUUUCCAGGAUGAGAAGGACAAGCUGGGUCUCGUUCGCCAGAUUGCCGAUGAGAUUUGGGGCCAGCCAUAA